AUGGCAACAAACGGCGCCCCUCACCCGACAGGCCCUGGCGUCAAGAGCAACAAGAGCAAAUUUGAUCCAAAUUUCACAGAACAUGUCGUCGGCCUGAUGAGCGCCGAGACGAAACCCCGCCACAGAGAAAUCCUCACCUCAUUAAUCACCCACCUGCACGACUUCUGCCGCGACGUGGAGCUCACACAGGAGGAAUGGAUCAUCGGUGUCAACUACGUCAAUGCCAUCGGUCAGGCCUACCAGAAGAACCGAAAUGAAGCAUGGAGGGUGUGCGAUAUUCUCGGCGUCGAAUCUCUCGUAGAUGAAAUCAACCACACUGUCGUCACUGACGUCGAACACCCCUCACAAGCCACCUCCUCCACCAUCCUCGGACCUUUCUGGUCACCCGAAACCCCCUUCCGCGAGCUCGGUGCCAGCGUCGUCCAAGACAUGCCCAAAGAUGGCCAGCUCACAUUCUUCCACGGCGUCAUUAGGGACGUCGACACAGGCAAGGGUAUCCCAGGUGCCGUCUUCGACAUGUGGCAGGCCAGCACCAACGGCAAAUAUGACGUCUUCGACCCCGAGAACCAAACCAGGCACAACCUCCGCGGCAAGUUCAAGACCGACGAGAACGGCAAGUUCUGGUUCUACUGCCUCAAGCCCACCGAGUACGCCAUCGACACAUCUGGUCCUUCCGCCGAUCUGCUCAAAAUCAUGGGCCGCCACCCGUGGCGUCCUGCGCACAUCCACGCUAUGGUCACGCAUCCCGAUUAUAUCGAUGUGACCGUUCAAUUGUACCCCAACGACGACCCUUACCUUGAGACCGACACCGUCUGCGCCGUCAAGGACGAUCUCCUCCUGACCUUCAAGCCUGUCGAGAACGAGAAGAAUGGCGCGACGCUCGAUGUCGAGUAUGACGUGCGGUUACUCUCGAAGAAGUACAAGCCCGAUUCUACUAUGUUGAAACAGAAUGCGAACCAGAACAAGUUUGAUUAA